AUGGAGUUCUCAAUUUUCCAUAUUCCCAUUCUCGCAUUCCUUGCGUAUUCUCUGCAGAAACUUUGCGUAGCCUACUUCCACCCUUUAUCAAACGUUCCCAACGCACAUUUUACCACUCCGCUCUCGCGCGCCUGGCUUCUUGUACAGAAAUAUAGAGGAUGUGAAAAUCACGCUAGACACGCUGCCCACAAGAGGCUAGGACCAAUCAUACGGCUUGGACCUCACGAGUUAUCCAUCAACUCGAUUGAAGGUGUGCAAACUGUUUACAACAACAGUAGUUUUGAGAGGACCGAGUGGUUCCUGAACGCUUUUCGUGGUAGAGAGGCACCUUUCAUGGUGUGCAUGCUUCGAACUAAAGAACAUGGCUCAAGAAAGCGCAUGAUGGCGUCGAUAUAUAUGAAAACAUAUAUCCAAAACUCGCCAGUUAUUAAAUCUCUUGUCAUCGACGUCUUCCAAAAGUCUUUUCGAAACGAGCUUGCGAAGUGGGCAGUUGAUGCGUUGACAGUCGAUGUGAUGCAAGCAUUCCAACCUUGUGUUACGGACUUUACAACUGGUUGGCUUUUUGGCAUCAAAGCUCGAACAGAUUGGCUUCACAACAAAAGCGAGGCCAAUACCUUCUACAGGAAUUUUGAAAGAAGCGGUGCAGAUGAUGCUCAACAGAAUCUAAGGCAAUGGAGUAAUGAGAUGUGUCAGAAGAGUCUUAAAACAGCUGACGCCAAAAAUGAUAUAUGCCAGGACGGAGGCGCGACACAUAAGGCAAGUGUAUGUUCAGAACUCCACACUCAUCUGAGAAAAACAGAGAAUCCAGAAGCGACGGCGACUUUCCUCAAAGAUGAGAUGCUAGAUCAUGUCAUAGCAAACCAAAUCGCAACAGCCAUUGUCCUAACAUACGUCACAUACUCACUCUCACUCAACCCCCUCUGGCAAACAAAACUCCGUUCUGAACUCAACAAUCUAUCCACGCCACAGAACGAGAAGUUUCCAUCCCCACGAGACCUCGACAGCCUUCCAAUUCUUGAUGCCAUAAUAACAGAGACCCUUCGUCUCUACUCGCCCAACCCAGGACCUUGGCCCCGCCACCACCCAACGAGCUCUUGCCAAAUUAACGGCGGUUACACCAUCCCAGCUCGCACAACAAUCAGCGCAUCAAGCUACACGCUCCACCGAAACGAUUCUGUGUUCCCUGAUCCGGAAGAGUGGAAGCCAGAAAGAUGGUUGGAAGCUAGCACCGAGCAGCGAGCGGGUAUGAUGAAGUGGUUUUGGGCUUUUGGAAGCGGGACGAGGAUGUGUAUUGGUUCUAACCUUGCACUUUUGAGUUUAAAAGCUGUAGUGAAAGUGAUUUAUAGUGAGUUUGAAACUGAAAUCGUAGAUGGUAGUGGGAUGGAACAGAUGGAUUCGGUUAUUGCUGGUCCGGUUGGGGAUAAGUUGCUGCUUAAAUUUGUCAAGGUGAAAUGA